AUGAAUUCUAGAUGUAAUUACAAUUAGCCAUUUGAGAAGUAUAACUAUGCAAUAGAUUUAUUAGUGGUUGUGGUUUAUAAAACGAGUAAGAAGGAUUUAAAUAAGGGUAAUUGAUAGAAUUAAGUUAUAGUUUUUAUAGGUAUUGAAUUAUUUCAUUAUUUAGUGAUUGCUAAAUUUAUUUUAAGGAAGAAUAUAAAAAGGAUAAAAAGAUUUCUAGAUGGAAUAUUUUAUAUAAAUGUAAUUAUCCAUCAUUUUAAUCGAUGUAAUAUUGAUAUUUUAAAAUCAGUGGUGAUGGUACUUGUGAUCAAAACGGAUUGAAAAAUGGAAUAUUAGUAGAAUUGAGUAUUAAUUUUUGGAAGUAGCAUAAUUAAUAUCCUUUUUUAUUUAAGAAAUGGGAGAUUAUAUAUACUGGGGAAUAUAAAAGAGGUAUUAAAUAGGUAGAUGGGAUAUAAUUUAUAGUAGUUUCUAAAUUUAUUGAUAUUAUUCUUUAAUUAGUGGUGUGGUCAUCACAUCUUUAGAUAUUAGUCUCAACGAGGUCUGUGGAGGGUUGUUCAAGUUACGAAUCCUUAAAUCUCACCCUUUUUUCCAAUUCCUCUUGAA